AUGACAAGGGCUGGGUACCUUUCACGAGGUUUGGAACGCUUCCUGUUUGCCAUGGAUUCGGUUUACAGGAAAAUGUGCCCAACUCAAAGCGGCCUAUGCUUGGAGUUCUACGAAAACGGGCGACAGAUGAUCUUAUCGCAACUAAAGAAGACCAACGUAGAGGAUGAUGUCGACAUCUAUGAGUUCCUUCAUGUCGGAAAUGAUGAAUAUGAAUAUCGAACAAUCGGGAACUGGUCGGUUUCUGGCGGCCUUCGAUUGCAUUCGCUUUAUCGCAGCUUCUUUGACGGGCCAGUAGAAUCGAAAUGUCAACCACCAAUGUGCAAAUGUUUCCUCGAUGGUGACUUCUUCCAAGGUAAUCAAUCACUUGGGAUCUCCUUAUUGGUAGGAAUCAUCACCCUCUACAUUACCGCCUACUUCUUCGUCUUCGACGCUACCGAUGCGGUAAGAAUUGUGUCCUUUUUGCUGAUUUUCCUUCUUUCAAUGGAGCGAGUUAAGGUUUGUCGUCUUCGUGUUGUCAUGCACGGUUUCGGCUACUCGCUUUGCUUUGGAGUGAUGAUCGCAAAAGCCACGCAGCUCCGAAAUGCUGAAACUCUUGGUUUUGGCACCUCUGUGCACAUAUCCUUCUGGAACUACUGGCUGCUGCUUUUCUUUAUUAUUGGAGUACAGAUUGCGUUAAAUACAAGAUGGGUCGCAGAGCCGUUCAUGUCUACAUUGGCGGUGUCGGAUACGCAAUCGGAGAUGGUAUGCACAUUGGGCAGAGAGGAAUUCGUGCUCGCUAAUAUCUACGUCGUCAUUUUGCUCUUUCUUGCAUUGUUCAUCAACAGUAGGAAUAGAAACAUCAAGAGAAAUUACAAGGAAACAAAAUGGCUUUUCGUCUCGUCGUUGCUCUGUACGUUCAUUUGGUUCACUUGGAUUGCGUUGUACUUUGUUGUUCCGAAUGAAUACAAGGAGACCGUGAUUGUGCUGGAACUAAUCAGUUGCUCGUCCAUACUACUCGGAUUAUUGUUCGGUCCAAAAAUCUACAUUCUCCUCUCAUACGAGCCCGUAGUUGUAGAGUUUAAACAGGACAGCGCUCAGCAAGGCAACAACAUGACACUUUUUGAAAGAGACGACGAUCUCCCAUCCAUACGAGCUGUGUCGCCAGCCAGCAGUGGUGGAUCAACUCGUACGGCUUCGUCAAUGCGUGGUGCGAAGAUACAACCUCCUAAUGUUCUAUAUCAAGACGAACAGUCUCCCAUCUUCCACACGGUUAUGAGGAAAAAGAACAAGGUGCGCCGGUCGCACAGCGAACAUGAAUUAAGCGAGCAGGUAAGCUAAGA